CGAAUAUGGAGUCCCGAAUAGCGACACUGCUGGGUGACUCCUCCUCCUCCUCAUCGCUGGAUCGUGCAGGCCAGGACGCGCUGCCGAUACUGCCCCCUCCAUCGCUUGCCCCACGUAGACCGCCUCACCCCCUUGAGCCCAACGCCACUGUCAACAAUGAAGAAGCCCUGAAUACCGCGAGUAAGCAGCAGCAGAAAAGACAGAAACCCAGCGUGCCUAUUGCGGGGGUCUUGAAUCAUGAGACACCAACUCCCAACGUUGUCGUGCCCACUGUACCGACUGCCUCGCCAUCCUCAUUACCCCCUUUCAGCGGCCGUCUGAGCGACCUUUUGUUGGAUCCUUCCCAGCAACAUGUGAAUAAGAAGCGUCGACUGGAUGAUCACGGUACGAGUUCAAGCAGUACUACGACAACGACGACAACGAAUAAUGCCCCGGUGCUCUCGACGGCCGAUCGUUCGGACAACAAGUUGAAAUUGCCCGAGCCGACGCAGCAGCCGUCAAAGAAGACGCCAAAACGUCCGAGGAUACCCCCUUUACUGCAGGGUCUACAUCAUCCCCCGCCCUUGCCUGAGAAGGCUUUCCCACCCAUUACCGGCGAAGGGAGCGGAUUCGGGAGGGAUAUCGGGGAGCGAGCUGGUGUGCGUAGUCCGGUACAUCUGAGCAAGAUCGAAGAGAGGGAAAGCCGGACGGAUGUGAACAGAGAAGAUGCAACAAGUGCACAAGUGCAAAAAGAUGGAAGAGAGACCAAUAGCAAGCUUGCCGCAGUAUCAACGAGCGACAAGGAGAACCGCGACCUUCCUGCCGACAGCCCCGCCCCCACUACAGAGAAGACGAGUAAGACAAAGGAGACGCGAAAGCGCAAUAAGUGGUCGGACCAGGAGACCAAAGAUUUGCUCGUGGGAGUGAGUCGUUUUGGGAUAGGCAACUGGAAAAAGAUUCUCACAUGUGAAGACUUCACAUUCAACCAGCGCACCACCAUCGAUCUAAAAGACCGCUUCCGUGUGUGCUGUCCCGGAGAAGGGCUCAAGUUGCGCAAGCCCAGACGAAAGCACAAUCCUGUGGAAGCUCCUACCCAAGUUGCACCGUCAGCAUCAGCCCCAUCGUCAUCUACCGCAUCGACUAGCCAAGAUGUAGAAACGACCAGCGAUGCCACCACUUUCUCAAAAACAGUGGUCAGAUCCUAUAGAUCUCGCACGGAAAGCGACCGCAAAGGCCCCGCCGAUCUCGCAAAGCUGGGCAUCCACGCUCCUUUCAUCAAACGCAAGCGUCGCGAGCGUCGCGAGUUCACACAAGCCGAUGAUGCGAACCUUCUUAUCGGGUUCGAGAAAUACAACACUUCCUGGCACUUGAUGCGCGAUGAUACUGCGUUGGGCUUCAAAGGACGUCACGCUACAGAUCUGCGCGACCGUUUCCGCAUUCGAUACCCUGAGAAGUUUGCGGGGGCGGGCUGUAAGCCAAAGUCCAAGGAUGAAGCGAUGUUGAAGGAGAAACGGAACGCGAUGGUUGCGGCGGGUACUCAUGCGGCAUCGACUGUGGAAAAGCAGAAAGACGCAGGAGAUGAGGAAAUUGUGGAUUCGACGUCCCAAUCAUCCCGCAGCAAAGAACCCAACGGCAACACAAAGCCGCGCGUGAAUACAACGACAACUCCCCCUUCUUCUUCCAAGACGACGGCAUCAUCUCAGACGGCCCUUCCAACUGCAACAUCCUCAUCCUCAUUAGCCCCAUCGGCGUCACGACCUCUAUACAGGUCCCUCACAUACACGCACGGCCUGCCCUUCCCUAAUCCUCUGAUCCCAGACUCCGACUCCAACGACAACGACGACGCCGACGAAAUAGAUAGCCCAAUCGUGUUGAGUCGCAACAUCCUGCAAUGGGUUGAAACACACCCAUUGCAGACAACGAAUACGACAGCCAGUACCAGCGGUAGCAUGUCAAAUAACCUGCUAAGCGUAAUGUCUUCGUUCAACAGCGGGUCUACGAUGGAAAGCGCGCAUCUUCCUACCUUCCACGGUCUCAGUGCUGACGGUAUUGAUACCGACGGAACGUUUACGCACGCUCAUGCACCCAUGUCGUUGUUAACUAGCACUGUUCCUUCAAUGGCGCUGUCAUCUAUGUCGUCUAGUACCACCCAUCCACAAUCUAGUUUCGGGUCCACGCAACACACACCUAACACUAACGGUGUUUCCAUCUCGACUACAACGCCAUCAUCAUCCUUCUCGUCCCACACCACUAAUCCAUCUAAACAUACCCCUGCCUCCAUACCCCACAACCACCGCCGCACCCAUAUCGUCGCCAACGACAGCGCAAACCACCUUCUACGCACCCCCAACCUUCCUACAAUGAUGUACCCUCCCGUCCCCGAAUCCAGUGCAAGAAGCUCCCUGCAUAACCUCCCGCCCCCAGCGCAUCUACUGUCAGGCUUGGAUUACCAUGGUUAUGAUGGACGCGUUCACCCUGGUCCUACUCCUCACCCCGCUACUGGGGAGGGGGUCCAAGCAAGUGGUUUUGUGUUGCAACAACAGCAACAACAACAGGUUGACGAAUACGGCGCUGCUUCCACUGGCUCAGGAGGAAGUGGGGGUGCAAGUAUAGGAAAUACGGGUCCCUUCCUCUUCACUGCUUUACCGCCAUCCGCGCUGACGGCCGGAGCAAUGGGUACGAUGGGCGUUGGUGUAGGUGUGGGUCUGCAUGUUGGCUUCGACAUGUCAGCUACGUUGGCACCUAUGGUUAGCUCUGGUUCACACCCCGGUACUGGCUCUGGUUCUGGUGCUAGUGGUGGUGGUAUGGCACGAGGAAGUGGGUUCCAUCUAGAUCGAGAGCUUAUGGACACUGGUGGUAGUGGUGUGGGCAAGUAA